CAGCAACGCCAUCAGCUUUCGCAGCGUUUCUCUGCUUCGCUCAGAGAGAGUGGUCUGUAUGACUCAUUGAGUAUUUGGGGUGUCAAAAUAGUAUUAUUACGUAUUACUUUUCAUAUUAACACAUUCGCCUAGAUUCGCGGCGCCCAUGAUACACUGCACCAGUAACAAUCACUCGACUCUCCCGCAGGUAAACACCAACCGAUUACGACGUGGUAAUCCCUUCCAGCUUCUUGUCCACCCAGGGUCUAUCACUUAGUCGCUGCAUAUACUUCCCAAGGUAAAUAAAUGCGCACAUCAGCACAGGCACGCCGACGCCAACACCGAUUCCCACGCCCAGCUUCCACUUGCGGAGGUACGUCUCGCUGGUCAGCCUCUUUAGUUCAAACGCAUUUUCGACGGCGAAUGUUCCCAGCGUGAUGACAAACGGCGUGCCUUGGCUGAAACAUAAACUACAGAGAUUCAUUGAAAACCGUCAUCUAUCAUGGCGUCAUCAGCCUGGCCAUGAGCUUCGCGAUGGUGGCUUACAGUAUGUGGUAAAUGGGUAUAAUUCUAAACCAAGCACAUAUUUCUUUUGUAUGCUGGCAUGUUCCCAGCAUCGUUGGCAGAUAUAUUAUGAGACUGCCGUUCGAUAUCUGGGGCGAUCUUUACUGGUUUGUAACUGUCAUGGGCGAAGACUUUUUUUUGGGAGCAUUGUUAGCCAUCACUCUAAAGCUUCGACAAACUCGACAAAUUCAACGCAUGCAGAGCUUUAGAUUUGAGCUGGUCUUUAUACUGGUGGUGUAUUGGUAGCCAGCGCUGGCCGUUGGCUUAACCUUGCUGCUGGCUUGCUUGAGCCAAGGCACCCUCUCUGUGUACAUAUAUACAUUCAAUUUCAACUAACGAUAUAAAAGGUACCCCCCAAACUUGCACUACGCCAAACCAUUGCUAUCGUUGUCCACGCAACAGUGUUUGACGAUUACUUUGAGCAAAGGCGUGCAUUCAACCCGCCUGAACCACAUCGAUGAGCUCAGAUUCUCCAAAUACUAUCAACAUAUCCUCAACACUAUGCAAAUUCCACGUAAUUCACCACCCUCACGUCGUACCAAACCAAUGAACCCUCUUAUCGUGACCCUUGCGCCGCAAGCCUCGCUUAUCCCACUGCCGAUCAUAUCAGCCUUGCGCCCCCGCUCCAACGGCGUGACUCAACGCCGAAUUCACGGUCUCAGCUAAACCCUGCCCAAAAAAUACCCUUCUUCUCUAUAUACGCCGCCAGAUACCUCUCAAGCUCUCCUUCUCCUUCCACUUCUCACCAUCGCAACGUCUACCAGUAAAAAGAUGUCCAUCAACGCGGAAGCCCUCGAGUCCUGGAACCUCAACGCCCCUCACUGGGACUCCAACCACGGCGUCGACGGCAACAUAUACUGGCAGCGUCUCCAGCAGCCAUGCCUAACUCGCCUCUUGGGCUCCCGUCUCUCAGAUGCCAGCGCACCCAUCAAUGUGCUCGAAUUGUCUACCGGCAAUGGCAUCGGCGCGCGCUGGAUGGCCAGCCAUGGCGCACACGUAAACGUCCUGGCUACCGACGGGUCACCCAACAUGGUUGAAGCUGCUAUACAGCGAGGUGACGGUGAUGGGAGAAUCAAGUUUGAUGUUCUGGAUGUCACGAGCGUAGACAACUGUCAGCCAUUUAUUGAAAAGGCAAAGGCCUUGGGCGGCUUCGACGUAAUCUUGUCCAACAUGGCGAUUCAGGAUAUUCCUACCCUUGAGCCUAUGGCGGCAAUGCUGCCGAAACUUUUGAAAAAGGGCGGAAUGUUUGUCGCGGAACUGCUGCAUCCCGUGUUCAUGACGUCGAUCCAUAAGCGUCAGAUUACCUUUGCCAAUGCCGUCGACAGAGACGAAACAGAUGUACGAGGUAAACUCAUCAUUGAGUACUUAAAGGUCGACCCUUACAAGAGCGGAACGUUUGCAGCGCAGCCCAAUGCCCAGGUAAGUUGGCAUGUGUGUGCUGGAGCACCUGCUAACUGAUGUAGAUUUUCUUCCAUCGCUCGUUUCAAGACUUGUUUGCUGCCUUCUUCAAAAACGGGUUAAUGAUGGACGCACUAGAAGAGCCUUCAUUUACAGAGGAGGAUGCUGAGCCAGAGCGAGCAAAGUCUACGCGCAACUUCACGCAGCUCCCUGCCCUCUUGGCCUUUCGACUUCGCAACAUGAACGACGGCCAGUAAUGAAUAAUGAAUAAUGACAUACAUAUAUAGUCUAUGAAUCUAUUUGGUCUCGCCCACGUGCGUCGUGGACGGCAGACUGCACUGCUUCGUACAAGUCAAUGUGAAAGAACGGUCGGUCAACCCCAUUCAUGGCGGCUUGUCGCGUUUCCAGAGUGGCCUGCGAUGAAUCCAAACUUUCCGACUUACCAUAGGCAAACCCUUUUCGCCCUUUUGUAAGAGGAGUAGACUCGUCACUUAGAAGCGUGUCAGCGAUGCUGUAGAUUGGCCUCCAAGCUGCGACUGCCUCUUCGCUCUGUGCUGAUGGGUAUCCAAAGCCAGAUGCAGCGAGAGCUCGGCGUGUCCAGCGGUUGUCUACACUUGCAAAAUGCCAUUCCACAGCGUCAGGGUAUGUGUACUGAUCCAAUUGCUUACGAAGAUCAAUCAGACCCUGAAGUGCCGUUAUGUCGAGGUUGUUGACGGAGCCAAAGUCCAGCACUAUGGCCCGCAGGUGAGGGAGAUCGCUGUCUUCGGAACUUGACGCAGCAGCAUUCCAUAUACGGUCUGAUUCAUGCUCAAGUCCUUCAUCCGAGGUUCGUUUUGUGUUGGCCAUAAGAUAUGACUGCAGUGUCUCCAUAUGGAAUGCCUGGUUUGCGUAGUUUAAGCCUUCACUCAGUCUGUAGAUGAAGAUUCCAGGAUGCGGCGAGAGCAAUUGAAUCGCAGGGUUCAUUCCGUCGUUGAGGCGGAACGGCGCAUACAUGGUUCUUGAUCUGUCCAUGGCAAUGGAUGAGUUGUGCGAGCUUGUAUCGGAUCCAGCAUUUCCUCGAGUCUCUUUCACCCUUCUUGCUCGCACUUUUCCCAAGAAUUGUCCCUUUGUCCGAGCCAGGCGCACAAACACUAGUGUGAUGGAUAAAGCCACACCGACGUAGAUGCAAUACUCCAACGACUCGCAGAGGCCAAUCACAAAGCAUAUGACCCAAAUGCACAGCUCCGGCGGCGACAGCUGCCAAUAUCGAUAUAACUUCUGCGGCUGUAUCACCAGGCUGCAUACGGCGUGAAUAAUGAGACCAGCUAGGCAGGCAUUUGGGAUGUAGUAAAAUACGCCCGUCAGCGCGUACAGUACAACCACUAACACAGCAGCACUAAACAAGCCAGCUAGUGGUGUGCGUGAACCAGCCUUGGAAAGCACAGCAGACGCGCUGAAAGAUCCGGUGCAGACAUAACCUCCAACAAACGGACUCAAAAGGUUGGCACCUCCCAGCGCAACAAUUUCUUGUGACGGUGUAAUCGUGUACCCAUGUACCCUUCCCAUGGACUUUGCAAUGGCAACGUGCUCUAUCACCAGAAUAAUGACCACGGCGGGCAGUUCGGGGAGGAUUACUUUAACAAGGUCGGGGUUCGGCCGCG